AUGCCUCCACCAAGACGCCGCACAGCGCGUAGGGAACUUGAUCCUUGUAUGAGGGCUCGAAUAUGCGAGCUUCAUAUAGAGGUACAUUGGGGUUAUAAACGGAUACACAGGGCGCACCUAGAAAUCCCUAUGACAACUAUUCGGAAUACAAUCAAGAAGGAGCAAGAGCGUAUAAAUCAACGUUCAAAAACUCGUUCCGGAGCCCCAGCGAAGUUAACGGACGAGGAUAAACAGAAGCUUAUUGAUUUGACAAUUCAAAAUCCCCAUAUAAAAUAUGAGGAGCUUCGGAAUGCGGUUGAUAACAAAGUUACUAUUCGCACUAUACAAAACAUGUUUCAACAAAUCCAUAAAAGGAAAUGGAAGCAGCCUCUAAGAUAUGAGACUUAUACACCGCAUGAAUGGCAGCGUAUCCUUUGGAGCGAUGAAUGUACGGUUGAGCGCGGUAAAGGGGAUCAAUUAAUAUGGACGUGGCAUUCCUUAAGUGAACAACUCCAGGAGCAUGACAUACGUGAGAUACGCACUGGGAAGAGCAUUAAAAAGAUGUUCUGGGGGGCAUUCAAAUUUGAUCAACGGAGUCCAUUGGUGUCAUUAACCUCAGAUGGCUCAUCAGCUGGCGGAGGUAUCACUGUAACCGUUAUAAGGCAACUUUAUAUGGAACAGCUUCCCGAGUUACUUGGCGAUGGUGAUAUCUUUAUGCAGGAUAAUGCACCUGUGCACCGAGCGCAUAUUAUACGGAAUCUUUUACAAGAACUAGGGCUCAAUAUUAUGGAAUGGCCUCCAUAUUCCCCAGAUCUUUAUCCUAUUGAGAACAUUUGGGCGAUCAUGAAAACGAUUAUAGUUAAUGAUCAUCCUGAGCUACAAAAUGCGCCGGAUAACGAUCAGACGUUAUAUUCACUUAUACAGGCUGCGAAAGAAGCAUGGGAGUCAAUUGAAGCACGUGUAUUGAGGAGUUUGAGCAACACCAUGCCAAAUAGGGUACGUGCAGUUAUAGAGGCGGAUGGCUGGUAUACGAAAUAUUAG